CUUCGCACCUUCUCUCACGUGGAGUGUUGUGUUCUUGGGCGUCGUCCUGUCUAUACUUUAAAGAGGUCACCUCAUGGGACGCUAUGGAAAGCGGCUGCUGGGAGCAGCGGGUGUCCUGGCUGUGAUCUCAAGAGCCUUAGGUUUUUACCUUCCGGCGGCCCUGCACCCUAGCAGCCUCCAGUGGACAGGCGACGUAACUUCCAGCCUAGAAAAAUGGAGUGGAAGUUCAGCGUCCAGGAAUAUUACUUUCCCAACAGUGCCCUACAACCCACAGCCAAUCUGGCCAAGCGGAGUAAGCCCAUUCCCAAGAACGCGGCGUGGAUAUUCACCUUCAAGAAUUAGUCUAGAUCCCUAUCGUGAUUCACCUUCAAGGGUUAAAAGAUCUCCUAUACAGGCUACUAAACCUGCUUUCUUGAGUUCUCAGGGUUUACCUUACGGCGUAUCCCUCUCUGAAUCACGGGGUUAUCCUAGCCCUACUUACGGUGUCCCUCUUUCCUCUGCUCCAGGAUACAAAAGUCUUCUCUAUGGGGUACCCCUUGAGGACACCAGAGGCAUUCCGGAAUACCAUUCGGGAAUUCCACUUAAAUUAAAAAGAAUAUCAUCGUCGGUCAAAUCAGGGACACCAAAUGAGGAGACACCCACACCUGUCAAGAUGCCAUCAAAGACACUCGCAGAUCUGCCCAAAGCCUUGCUCAAGGCACCUUCUCAAGAUAUACACAAAAAAUCACCUAGUACGGCCUCUCAGCCCACAACGUCUAAUGUUCAACAUGGUGCUCCAUUGACUCCAUCCAAAGAAAACCAGUCACCGCCCGAAACUGUAGGCCAGGACAACAAUCCCUACCCUGUACUUGAGACUAGAGAACAACUUAUGAAGCCACAAGAGAUCCAGCAUAAGACAGUAGCUGCUAGUCCUGCCACCACUGGAAUUUCUGACAGUCAGUUUGAUUCUUCAGCUGCUCCAUCUAGUAUCAUCAUGACCUUGCUGGAGACUCCGCUGUCAUUAGAACCAAUGACUAAUGUAAAUGAGGAACCCGUUGGGGUCAGCAACACUAUGAUCAACAAAGUUGAAGGUUCUACUCCUUCCGAGGAUAUUACUAAUAUAAUUUCAAUGGUGCCUGAAACACUGUCCAAUCCUAUGGGAACACUGCCUGCAAGAUCCGAGACACAUUCACCUGGAGUCAAGGCAAUGCCUUCAGGGUUUGAGACACAGUCUGGUGGGUCCCGGGUAUUAUCCGUAGGACCUAAAAGCGGAACUUCUUCCGUUGAGCCAGACACAGUGUCUUUUGAGCCUAAAACACUUCCUGCCAUUAAUGAAACACUGUCUGUUGAGUCCCUAGUGCUGUCUUUGGGAAGAGAUAUUAUAUUUGAAAGACCUAUGACAUUGCCAGGCUUGCCAAAGGUUGAGGCACAGCCAGAGGGGUCUGUGGCAUUGACUGGUUUAUCUGAGACUGAGGUACUGACUGUUGGGCCUGAACCUGAGGCACUGUCAGAAGGAUCUGUGGCACUGACUGAUGAAACACUGGCUGUUGAUCAGGAACUUUCUGUUGGGUUUGGCAAUGAGGCACCGUCUGGUGUGUCUGAUAUCUCUGGUGGGCCUCAGGAGCUGUCCAUUCGUUCUGAGGUGAUCUCUGGUGGACCCUGGCACCCCUACAUGCCAGACCUGUCACUGCUGUCACGGUUCCACCACGAGUACGAGACUGCAACACACGGGGUGGAUCACGUGCUGCCCUGGGACGCGGCGAACGCCCUGCUCCUGCACCAAGACCCUCAGCUGCCCCUGCACCUUCCCUAG